AUGGGAAUCAGGAGGCUUUUUACAGGAUUAUGCCGGAAAGGCAUUGCUUGCUUACCCACCAGGAUGUAUUCACAGCUUUCUGCAAAAACAGAAGCCAAUGAGAAUGACCAUAUAAAGCACUCAAGCAUUGAUUUAAAUGAAGUUACUUUUCCCAACAACAACUCUAUCACUAACCAAGAUGGAGAACAGCGACUGCGAAUUGUAUCGCUCAUUGGCUUGCUACUCUCACUACUCACAGUAUUCUUUACUGUAGCUGAUAACUUUAAGGGAGCAGACUCACCACAGUGCCGAUCUAUUUACAUGUACCCUUCCUAUGCAAGAAUUGACGGCUUCGAUUCGCGAUUCACCCCAUUGGCUCAGAAGUAUCACCUGUAUCUUUAUAGAGAGCAAGGGAAGGACAAGAUCCCGUUCCAAGAUGGGCGUGUGCAGCUUGAUGGUAUUCCCGUUCUUUUCAUUCCGGGCAAUGCGGGAAGCUUCAAACAAGUGAGGUCGAUUGCAGCAGCAAGCAGCAAUUUGUUCUUUGACAAUUCACAAGAAAUCGAGAAUUUACACGUACAGAACUUGGACUUUUUCGCCGCUGAUUUUAACGAGGAUUUUACAGCAUUCCAUGGCAGAACUAUGCUUGAUCAGGCGGAAUAUCUUAAUGAUGCGAUAAGAUAUAUCCUAUUGUUUUACGCCAAAGCUGAUAGUUAUCCUUACCGCAGACCAACUUCGGUGAUUGUGGUCGGCCAUUCGAUGGGAGGUAUCGUGGCUCGGAUUCUGCCAACUCUUCAAAAUCACGUAGCUGACUCUGUAAGAACCAUUUUGACGCUCUCCUCACCUCAUGCUGCGGCUCCUGUCACAUUUGAUGGAGAUGUUCUCAAAAUUUACGAGCGAACUGAUGACUUUUGGCGGAAGCAAAUGAGCGACAAGGGUUCUUUCUUAGCGCAAAAUGUGACACUCAUAUCUAUCACUGGCGGGAUUUUAGAUCUGAUGUUGCCGGCCGAUUACACUGCCGUUGAAGAUAUUGUUCCACUAGAAAACGGUUUUACGACCUAUUCGACGGGCGUUCCAGGAGUUUGGACACCCGUUGAUCACUUAGCGAUUGUUUGGUGUGAUCAACUUAGGACCAAGAUCGCCAAGUUACUGCUUGAAAUAGUGGACAAUAGAGCUUACGAAAAAGUACUUCCGCUGGCUGAGAGAAUGUCAAUUUUCAGAAAGACAUUCUUGAGCAAAUUGGAGGGGAUCAAUUCACCAUAUCUGGUCACGGCUAAUUUCGAUGAAUAUUUUAAAGACUAUAAUUCACAGACUUUCGGAGAACCGCUCAUUCUGAAAAACAAUCAGCAAUUAAUUAUCAACCAAAGAAAUGUCAAAUUCGCGCCAAAGUAUUCAAAAUUCUUAUUAUCAUCCGAUAAAGAGAAUUCACACUUUUCGUUUCUGACGUCAUUAUCCAAUUCAUCGUUAUUCUUCUGUAACGAGGGCAAUCCAAACAUGAAGUGUGUCCCAGCUGCUCCUGAUUUGUUUCAAGUCCCCGCUUCCUUUGAGGAAUUGAAAUAUCCUGCGGAAUCUUCUCUUGGUAAUGAUAUCCGUCCAUUUCAAAUGAUAAGUAUUGACGCGAAUAUCCUCUCACAAUAUGAUUCAAUUCUAGUUGAAACACCGCUGAAGAUAGCUGGUAAAGAUGAUUUCAUUUUGGCAGCACUACACACUGCGGUCAACAUCACGGUGAAUAAGAACCCACUGCAAUUAGCUUUCUCUGGAAAGGAGAUUCUUCUGACAGAGGACUUCCAAUUUGUUGGACUGAGGUUUCCAAAAUUGUGGGACUCUUUACUGUCUUAUCGUAUUCACUGCUCAGCUUAUUCAAAAACAGAAGAUUCUCUACUUUUUCAGCCCUUCAUCAGACAAUGGAUCGAGGACCCCUUUGAAACAAAGUGGCACAUCAAUGUUGCGUCUUCAGAAAUUGAUAUUAAUAUGCAUAAUGUUGCCCCGUUCAUCCCGCUCGAGGAAAGCCAUGAUAGAUCACUGAAGCUUGACGUAGUCCUACCUCCUCGAGUAGGCCUAAAGCUGCGGAUAAGAAUAAACUGGCAGUUGACUUUAAAGAUGCUUUUCAUUCGGUAUAGAUUAACUUUCUUAUCUUUUCCGUUUGCUAUCGUUUGCUUCACGAUGGCACAUCAAUUCUCAUGGUAUCAAGGAACUGGCAAAUUCAUAGGUUUCAAUUCUGCUUUGGCAUUCAUACUUGAAAAGUACGGACUCCUAAUAAGUUUUACCCUGAUACUUUUGUCACCCAUCACAAACUACAAACCUAUACAGAGGCUCUUAUUCAUGCUGGAUCCCGUUGGUCUGAACAGACCCUUUCAACUUGAAAACCAGCAUAUGCACACAAAUUUCUACUACUUAGGCAUAAGAAGUUGGUUUACAUCAGGUAUUGGACUUUUCUUCGGUUUAAUGUCGGUUGCCAUUUUGUAUUUGAUUGCUGAGGCCUUCGACCUAUUGCAUAAGCAGAUCUCAAAAAUAACGAUCAGAAGCAUCUCAAAAAUCAGCAGAACGGGCAAUUCAGUGGGGAAAGUACGUUUCAUGAAUGGCAAAAGGCUACUAGUUUGCCUACUGCUUACCGGAGCCGUGAACUUUUACAUACCGUAUCAAUUGGCCGCUGCGAUCUGCUUACUUAUUCAGGUUGUGAAUUACAUCAAAACGGCUCUAAUUUCCUCCCCACUGGCUUCGAAAGAUGAGAAGAGCCUAAAGGACUACAAUUUUGCGAUUCUUUUGUUACUUAUUUUCAUGGUUGUAAUUGAUGCGCCCACAAUUAUUGUGUUUUUACACAAUUUUGCGAUAAGAUGGGAAACGCCUUUCAGAUCGCAUCAUAACGUCCUGGCCGUGGCUCCAACGAUUUUUCUCGUCAGCGCUAACUCAGCCUUUAACAUUGUACCGUUCAAAUCAGAAUCUUUUAGCGGUGGUCUCAUCACGGUCUUGCUACUUGGUUAUGCAAGCUUUUUCAGUUUGAUAUAUGGGGCCAGAAACCUUUAUUGGAUACAUCAUCUCGUAAACAUAAUCUGUGCGUGGUUACUUUUCACCAUCUGUGCAGAUACAUCAGACAAUAAACAUAUGGAAACUUGUAUGUCUGAAUAUUAG